ACAGAGAAAGAAGCACUUUCAGAGCCGCUGCAUUUCUGGAUUCUUUAACUUUUUUCAUUCAUAGUUUUGGAGCAGAAGUUUUUUUUUCUUGUGUGGAUGAAGCAAUCGCAACUAUUUCCUCAAAGGAUCCAUUUCAAACAGAAACCUGACAAGAGUUAGUUGCUGUCAGCUGUGAUGUGCUGCAGCUGCAACAGCCUCGAUCUUACACCGCUGGGCAGGAGCCGAGAGCGGGUUACAAACAUCCAAAUAUGCGCGUAAUUGGAGUGCAGUGGCGAGGCGUCCCUUGCACCCCCACGGAGUCAGCGUUGUCGUGAUGUUCAAUACUUCGGGAAUUGAGCUCACUUUUAACAAGAAAGAGGAUAUUUCCGAAGUUAUCAAUGGCACUCUGCAGCUGCUCUACAACGUCCUCGUCAAUGUCAGUCCCACCACCAUGUGGAACGAGUCAUGCGGGGAGCAGCUGCAGGAUUUUGGGCGCCCUGAGAAGAUCAUCAUCGGGGUGAUGCUGGCGAUCAUCACGGCGGUCACGGUGAUGGGAAACACGCUGGUGGUGAUCGCGGUGUGCGUAGUGAAGAAGCUGAGGCAGCCCUCAAACUAUCUGCUGGUCUCCCUCGCGGUGGCGGACUUGUCAGUGGCCAUAGUUGUGAUGCCGUUUGUGAUAGUGACGGACCUCACCGGGGGAAAGUGGCUCUUUGGAGAGGUCUUCUGCAACAUCUUCAUCGCUAUGGAUGUUAUGUGCUGCACCGCCUCCAUCAUGACCCUGUGUGUGAUCAGCGUCGACAGAUAUCUGGGGAUCACACGUCCUCUCACCUACCCCGCCAGGCAGAACGGUCAGCUGAUGGCAAAGAUGAUCCUGGGAGUGUGGUUGGUGUCAGCAUCCAUCACCCUGCCACCUUUCUGCGGCUGGGCUAAAAACGUCCACACAGCCGGUGUGUGCCUCAUUAGCCAAGACUUUGGCUACACCAUCUAUUCCACAGCUGUAGCCUUCUACAUCCCUAUGCUGGUCAUGCUGGUCAUGUACUACAAGAUCUUCAAGGCAGCACGAAAGAGCGGCGCCAAGCACCGCUUCACUGACCUGGCGCGCCGUGAGCGCCUUGAAACAGUGGCUAAUGAGGCGCUGCGGAUGCAGGGCCUGAAACCGCCCGGUGUGGCGGAGGAGUGUGCCGCCCUGUCGCGCCUGUUGAGCCGUGAACGCAGAAACAUCUCCAUCUUCAAGCGGGAGCAGAAAGCUGCCACAACACUGGGGGUGAUAGUGGGGGUCUUCGGUAUUUGCUGGCUGCCAUUUUUCAUCCUGUCCACUGCCAGACCCUUUAUCUGUGGGGUGGAGUGUAGCUGUGUGCCCAUAUGGCUGGAGCGCACGCUGCUCUGGUUAGGCUACGCUAACUCACUAAUGAACCCCUUCAUUUACGCCUUCUUCAACCGAGACCUGCGGUCCACUUAUCGUGACCUUCUGCGCUGUCGUUAUCGCAACAUCAACCGCCGACUGUCUGCUGUGGGUGUGCACGAGGCUCUCAAAGUUUGAAGGGAUACUGAUAUUGACUCUUUAGAAUGAGGUACGGUGGCCCUGUGGUCGUUCACUUGGUGCUUAAGAGGCGAUGUGUACACAGCAGGCCUAAAGAUCUGACAAAAAACAACAGAACGGGAGUCUCUGUCGGUGGCUCUGUGGCCCCUCCGCUGAUGACAGCACCAUCACUCCGGUGUGUGUGACUCAGUCUUUCUAUUUUGGGAAAGAAACCAUAGAGCAUACUUAAUGGGCUACUCAAGUCGACACUGCUUUUGUGCAGAUGCCACAAUUCUGUCCUGGCUUUGGAUUUAUGACAGUAUAAUGUAGUGACAGAGGAAACGAAAUGUAAACACAAUCACUCAUCCCCGGGCUUUCAAAGGGAAAAGAAGGAGAAAGGAUUUCUGUGAAAUAAAAUGUGAUGUUUGAUGAGGAAAAAUAUUUGUUUUGUGCCACAAUGUCAUCCGAACAUUGUAAUUUUGAGCACAUCAAAGAUUCAUUUCAAACAGAAAGUGAGCAUUGAGGAGUGUUGUGCUUUAUACAAGGAUCAUUCAUCAGUCAUAUCCCUUUAUCUGUAGUCAUAGCUUUCAAUUCAGUCCUUUCUCUAAAUUUAUCAGGAGCACCUUAAAUGUUUCACUUCUGUUUAAAAUGUGAUGGUGCCAAGUGAGUGGACAUGAGUAGUGUUUAGUGGUCAAAUGCAGCAUGAAGGGAAACUUUCCAUUCAUGAAAUCUCAGUGUUUGUUGCCAUAAGAAGAAAGUAGUUUGUUUAGCAUCUGCAUGAAACAUAUUUGUCUUACAUGCCACUGUGUGCAUAAGUCAGAUGAGAUUAUGAGCAGUGUGGUCAAAUUUCACUCUAUUUUACACACACUUGAAUUCCAAAUGAACUCAAUACUGUUUUAUUCAGACACCAUGAUACUGUGGACUCCUUUUUUUCGUUCAUUGGUUCAACUCCACGUUUAGCUGCUGCUCUUAUUUUAUAUUAUUUUAUACAGCCAGCCAAACCUGCCUACCUUAGCAGUAACACGUAGAGAUUUGACAUUAUUUUUAGAUUGUUUGCUUCACUGAGUAUCAACAGUGUUUCUAUCUUCACCUCCCUCCUGACUUCACUCCACUAUGAACUCUUUGGGGACCUUUAUGAACCUGUGUCAAACGUCAGAAUUCAAGCAGUGUGUGCUUUUUCUACCUCGAUUUUGAGAACACUGUACAUUUCCUCUUAACAGAUGUACCGCUGUCUUGCAUCAUUUUGUAAUUAACUGCUAUUUUAUAUUGUGCAAGAUCGACCCGUCUAUAAAUGCUCUGUGAUUUCCAUAUUUGUUUGCUUUGUCAGUACCUCCUGAAACAAGCUGAGGAAGUGGCAAAGUGUUUCAUCACUUUGUAAAUAAAGACACUUGGUUAAAACGU